AUGUUUGUCUCACGCACCUGGCCUACUUUGCAAGAAACUCAGUCGCUAAAGAUACUGGGAAAGCAGCCGGCCUACGACCACGAUGAUCGCCACAGUGGCACCGAAGAGGAUGGGAGCGCAAAGGGGACAGAUCUUUCGUGGAGGGUGGCCAUGAUGUUCGUGAUUUUCUUCGUCUCUUUGUUCGCUGCAUCCUUCCCUGCAAUAUCGAAGCGAGUCAGGUCUCUACGGAUACCCCGCAUCCUUUUCUUCAUAGGCAAGCACUUUGGGACUGGCGUCAUCUUGUCCACCGCAUUCGUCCACCUCCUCCAAGACGCCUUCGAACGCCUCACGGACCCAGCAGUCAAGAAACAGACAAACGUCGGACAUUGGACGGGCCUCAUUGUUCUUGGGUCGCUCUUGACCAUAUUCCUCGUCGAAUAUGUGUCAACUUCCUAUGUCGACCGCCUCCAAUCAUAUCCCUCCGCGCCUCCAUCACCUAAACUCGAACCAUCUACGCCGCUCCCUCCGUCGCCAGACCAUUCACCCCACGACCUGCCCUCCUCCGACUCCCCCGCAACAUCCAAUACAACACUAAAUGAACAAACUCCCCUCCUAUCUGCUUCCUCCAACGUCAACGCCAACUUAAAUCCGCCAUCCCGCCGCUUCUCCGCACCCAGCGUCCAGCAAGGCGCACACUCCUACCACCACUCACGUACGAAUGACUUUAGCACGAACACGAACACGAUACCACACACGCAUACGCAUACGCAUGGGCUAGGGAUCUUGGAAGGACAUCAUAGACACGAAUCGAGAGGGAGCCAUGGAUGUCAUCAUGCGACGAGUAGGAAGAACAGUAAUGUCGUUGAGGUCCUCGAGGAGGAUACGGAGGGCGAUAGAGAUGAAGAUGGUGAUGGAGAUAGUGGGCCUGUGGUGCCGAAUGGACAUCAUCGUGCGCAGUCUGCUGGAUCGUGUUCCCAGUCGCAGAAGUAUAGUCAUGGAGGCGGGAGCGGGAAAGGGCACGGACAUGCGGGACAUAGCCAUGGAGAUUUGGAGGCGUUGAUGGAGGAUGGGGAUGACUGCGGCCAUGAUGACGAAUAUGGAGGUGAACAAGGCGAGAUUUGCGACCAUGAUGAUGGAGAUGUCGAGAUUGGUAGAAAGAGGCAGGUCGUUGGUAUUCUGGUCCUGCAAAUGGGCAUCAUGAUACAUUCGCUCGUUAUAGGCCUCACACUCGCCAUCGCCUCCGGUGCUGAUUUCACCUCCCUCGUAACAGCAAUAGUCUUCCACAACCUCUUCGAAGGCCUCUCCCUCGGCAUCCGCAUCGCAGGCCUCCCCGCUCCCUCACAAUUACCUACCGAAACAACCACACCACAGAGCAGGCGGAGGUUCUCGUGGUUGAAGCCGACACUGGCGGUGCUGUUUGCGGUGACGACGCCGGUGGGCAUUAUCAUCGGGUUGUUGGCGUUCGAGAGUGGGGGGUCCGGUGGGAACUCGGUUCGCCUGAAACUCAUCGAAGGUAUCAUGUCCGCCAUAUCGGCUGGGAUGCUCAUCUACGCAGCAUGCGUCGAGAUGCUAGCGGGAGAUUUCGUGCUCGAUCCGACGCUGUGGAGGAGCGGAGUGCGGAGGCAGGUGCUUGCGUUGGUCAGUCUUGGGGCGGGAGUGGCGGGGAUGGGGUUGAUUGGGUGA